AGUACUUUGACAUUUGAUACUUUAAGUACAUUUUGCUUCUAAUGCUCAAACUGAGAAGGAAUGCGCCUGACCUCAACCAAACAGCCUUUGAAAGACCUAAUGGAUUAUUUUGAUUUUGAUUUUGGAAAUAUGAAUUUUACAGAAGACCAUGGCAAAGAAGCAGGUGAUCAUCGACACAGACUGCGGCAUAGACGAUGCUCAGGCUAUAAUGAUGGCCUUGGCAGCACCCAACAUUCAGAUCGUGGGCGUUACCUGUGUGUUUGGGAAUGCAGCAGUUGAGAAUGUGUGUCAGAAUGUUCUGAGGGUGCUCUCCAUCUGUGAGCGUGAGGGGAUUCCAGUGUUUCAAGGUGCUGGUGGUCCUCUGGUUGGAGCCAGUAACCCACUUAGUGACCACUUUGGAAGUGAUGGACUUGGGGAUGUGAUUGAAAACAAAGAUCCACAGUGGGAGGAGAAAAUCCAGAGCGAGCAUGCGGUCAAUGCAAUGAUUAGGCUGGUGACUGAAAACCAGAAGCAGGUCUCCUUGGUGGCCCUUGGCCCGCUCACUAAUCUGGCAUUGGCUGUCAGACUAGAUCCAUGUUUUCCCCAAAAGCUCAAAGAUCUGUACAUUAUGGGUGGCAACAUGGAAGGAAUAGGAAAUGUGACACUGUGUGCAGAGUUUAACUUUGCAAAGGAUCCAGAGUCUGCCUAUAUUGUUCUUGAAGAGUUUCUCUGCCCAACAUACCUGGCAUCGUGGGAAUAUUCCUGCAGAAACGCACUGACGUGGUUACCGUGGUUGUCUGGGGAGGUCCCUUCCAGAGGCCUCUACUACAAAGCAGGAAUUGGGGUUGGCGAGAGGAUCCGGUGGAGCUCGGUGUGCGACUGUGAGAGGGUCUCUUUGGAGGGCUUCACCAAUGUUAUAGGCGCCAUAGACUGCACCCAUGUGCGUAUCCGAGCCCCAUCUGGACUGGUGACCAGAUUAUGUCAAUCGGAAAUCUUUCCAUAUCCUAAAUGUACAGAUGAUCUGCGAUGGAAGGUGCCCGAUAUCCAUCAUCCAGGCAAAAUGGCCGGGUUCUGUCCAUGAUGCGAGGAUCUUUCGAGCAUCAUCACUGUCACAGAGGUUUGUACAAGGGGAGUUUAAUGGAGUCCUGCUUGGGGACAGAGGCUAUCCCUGUAUGCCGUACUUGCUUACACCCUACGCAGAACCAGCAACAGAAGCUUCAACCAUGCCCACACAAAAAUCAGGACGUGAACUGAGAUGGUUUUUGGCCAACUGAAGUCUAGGUUUCAGUGCCUAAAAAGCCUCAGAGUUGCUCCUGACGGGGCCUGUGAUGUCACCAUUGCCUGUGCAGUCUCGCACAACAUUGCCACUCAACGUCGUGAGAGACUGCCCAGAAUGCUGCCGGAGGAUCAAUGGGAAGAUAUUGACCCAGCCCUUCAGGAACCCAUGGAUGGAACAACUGUGAGGGACCUUUACGCAAAUACCUAUUUCAGUUAAUCCCCAUUUUAUUCAUGGUCACCUCUGUUUUGUAUUUGAAAGCGCAGCAUGUAUAAAUUGAGAAAGAAAAGUGUGCCAAAGUUGUGUUAAGUUAUUUAUUCACUCACUCUUUUUGUUCAAGCUGUGAAGACCCCCCUUUAUAUAAUAUAUAAAGCAUUAUGUAAAGUCCAAA